ACGAUCCCACCGCAAAAUGAAGUCAUUGUUCUCGCAUGAGGAUAAUUGGUGUGCUUAUGUGCCAUAUUAAAAUUAAUAUUGAUCACACUGUGUUUGUUUGUUGUCUGGAUUACAGUUACAAGCCGUCAAGUUGUUAAGCAGAUUCCCAAACGUCGUUUGGUGCUAAAGAAUGGCGCCGAUUUCGAUAAAGAUCAUUAUGGACGACGGCGCGGUGACAAGGAAAGUGAAGUUCGACAGCACGCUAUCCGUUGCCAAGGCUCAUGAGAUCGUCAAGGAAAAAUUCAAUUUACCAGCCGAUUCUAAAGAUUACGGGCUCUUCCUUCGAUCAGCCGACAAUGACGUCAGCGGUGUUUGGUUGGAUUACAACCGAAACUUGGACUACUAUAUGCUGAGAGAUGGAGACACGCUGGACUAUCUACCUAAGGAGAGGUUACUGAAGGUCAAGAUAUUAGAUGGUACCGUGAAGACGCUGAAGCUGGACCAGUCGAAGCAAAUCGGGGAGCUGAUGAGGGUUAUCUGCGGGAGGAUCGGAAUAACGAACCACGACGAGUACGGACUGUGUUGGAUGGAAGACGAGAAAGUCGAGAAUAAGCCACGGUCUACCGGGACGCUGACUGCGAAGACACUUCAGUCUGGUCGCGACGCGCAGUUUGAGGAACUCAGCAAGAAGCUCCACACUGAUGAUAAUGUCAAAUGGCUCGACCACCACAAGACGCUUCGGGAGCUGUCCUUGGACGAGACCACGCCGUUCCUGCUGAAGAGGAAACUCUUCUACUCUGACAAGAACGUGGACGAAAGAGACCCGAUGCAGCUCAAUCUUCUCUACUUGCAAACCAGAGAUGCAAUACUCAACUUGACUCAUCCGGUCACCGAAAAAGAAGCGAUCGAGUUCGCUGGCAUUCAAUGUCAGAUACAUUACGGCGAUUACCAGGAGGAUCGGUUCAAGCCUGGAUUUAUCUCGAACAUGAACGAAUAUCUACCCUCGCAAUAUUCUGGAUCGUGGGGCGUUGAGAAGAAGAUCAUCAAGGCCUACAAAAAGCACCAGGGUCUGACGCCGUUGCAUGCCAAGUCCCUGUACAUCAAGACAGCGAGGGAUCUACCUACUUUCGGAGUCACCUUCUUCUUAGUAAAAGAGAAGAUGAAAGGUAAAAAGAAGUUGAUACCACGUCUCCUGGGCAUCAACGCUGAAUCCAUUCUGCGCCUAGACGAGACUACGAAAGAAAUCCUGCAAGUUUGGCCCUUGACUCACGUGAAGACCUAUAACGUUGCCAACGCCGAGGCUUUUAUUCUGAACUUCGGCGAAUACAGUGAGGAACCGUACACCGUGAAGACCAGAGACGCCAACCAGAUCAGAGAUAUUCUGGAGGGCUACAUCGAUCUGAUAGGGAAGAAGCUUCUGGCCAAGCAUAACUUCAGCAGCUCCGAUAGGAUGAUCAUAACCGAAGAUGAAGUAGCUCCUUCUAAAUUAAACACUAUACAAUACAUUGCUAAUAAUCCUAACAAGAUUGUAGAGCAUUCUUUCGUCGGUCCAAGCAAGAUUAUCUCCUACGAAAAUGCUUCUGAAUGCCGUCAAGGAACCCAGAUCAUGACUGUCCAGAAAAUAUUAACGAUGGGACAAUUGCAGCAACAGCAACAUGCAGUGGUGGGCGAAUUACCCCAACGAGGCGAUAUGUCCAUGGACUGCAUCAGAAAAUUGAAUCGUUUGAAUUCCAACUCGGUCAAGAUGGUUACAUUUCUUACCGAUCCCACUGACGACAACAUAAGGCAGGCCCAAGACAUUUUGCGCACCAUCAAUGAAGAUAAGCCCAUUAUCGUGGAUGGUCUUCGCAAAGCAGCCGAGAACCAGUCGAAUCCCGAAAUGACGAAGAAGAUGUUAGAAGACCUUCAAGAGCUAGAGGAACUAUUGAGAUCGCUCAACGAAUGCAUGGAACCAAAUAAAUAUAAGCUGAGCGAAGCCGACGAAGCGGCAUGCAGGAUUGCGGAUCUUUCCACUCAGAUAUACUUCUCAAUGGAUCCAAGGACCAGGAGAAGGAGUGAUCUUCUAAACAGGUCGCGCAAGAGUUUCAUAGCUGACGAGAAGAUGGACAAAACAUUACGGAGGGCGUCUUUCAUCGCGGCCGCCACGACCACGCUUCACGCUUUGAACGCAGCGCAAAACGAUAUCGCUAAGGAAUGUGGCGAUCUAGAGUUAACGCCCGUCCAACAGGCGCAAUUGCAGGAGUCUACAUCGGAGAAUGUAAGGAAGCUCAGUGCUGCUGUCGCGUUGUACUUGAUGGCUCAUGCAGACCCACAAAUGGUCGAUUACCAAGCGGCCAUUAACUCCUUGAAUAUGAUCAGAGAACUCGUACCAGAGAUAGCUAAAGAUUCUCUCGCUUGGAAAUCCAUGAAGGAUAAUGAGGCAGCAGAAGGAGUGGUCAAGGAUAUAAAUUCACUGUGCUCUAUGACCUCAAGGCUAUGUACGUUUACAGGACCCGAUGAUCACGAGAAAAUGCAGGAGGCCUGUAACGGCUACGCCGAUGUCUCCAGGAAGCUAUUGUGUGCCCUUGGUCGCGGUGGUAAUAUGGACAAAGAGGUUGAGAUCAUAGAUUUAUCCAAAAAUGUUGGAGAUAAAUCUUCGAACUUGUUGGACACUGUGGACAAACUCCUCGGUGAAGUUCCUGACAACGAUAGUUCGGCAUCGAAGGAAGUUGUUGACGCUAAGUCCAGAGUAGCUUAUUGCGCGAGGGACCUGCUCGCGUGUGCUCAGCUGACUGCCCCGUCACUUCACGAACCACACUGUCGAAGUGCUCUAAUGGCCGCUUCCGAAGCCCUUUCAUCGUCAGUGCAGCAUUUGGCCCUGGUCUGGAAACCGUUAGUGGAGGACCCGAGUAGAAAUCAUCAUAGAGAGGCCCUGAAGCACAACUCGUUGUUAAUAGCGCGAGCUUUGGACGCUCUGAAGAAUGCUGUCGGAUCUUUAGGCGACAGCGAGAGUUCCGAUACCGGAGAUGAUCAGAAACAGCGUGAGUUAAGAAGAUUGAAGUUCAUCAACAGUGCAGCACAAGCUAAGAAGAACUUGGAGGAUGCCAGGAAUGAGUUAAACGAGCCAGCUAUAUGCCAGUUAAUGAGAGAAGAAGAUGCAGCGAGAUUGCAAAGCGGCCUAGCGGAUAAGUUGGCGCAACUAAACGCCGCGAUUGCUGCUCUCAUUUCUUCCACAUCAGAUCGCGAUAAUCCGGAUUACGCUACAGCUGAUUUAGCUGUUGGCACAAUCAGCGAGCUACUGCCGCAAGUUGUAUACGACGCUAAAGUGUUAAGCUCGAACAAAAGUCCCGAAGAUUGCAAAGCGUUAUUGGACAGCAUCAGAGCUCUGUGUGACGCUUCCAGGAGCAUUUGCGAGAGCGCCGAACAAGGGAAGAGCCCAAGUGAAGGUGCGGUGCAAUUCGCUGAGGCGUCAGAAAAGUUGGCAUGCGGAACUGACUUCAAUUUUAAUCCGGAUAAAGAGAACAGGAUCAAGGACCUCGUAUCGGAGGCGUGCGCCUCGGCGUCUCAACUCCUGAGCAAGGUUCAGCAAUUAUCCGAAACCGUGGGUGGUGAUGUUGGGGAGCAGCUGGACAAAGAAGGAAUAAAAGUAGCUGAUGCCACACAGAAUCUGAUUACAGCUGCACAGUUGACGGCUCCAUUGAUUUCUAAUGCUCGGUGCCAGUCAGCUUUGUUAUCAUCAGUGGACGCCGUGUCGGGAUCGAGCCAACAGCUGCAGAACUGCUGGAGACAACUCCAACACCCUCACGUGGUAUUGCUCGACCACGAUCGCAAGCUACUGGAAGACAAGCUCGAUGACAUCAGGAAAGCCUGUCAAGAAGAUCCUAAAGUGCCCUGUGAGCAGCACCGCCUGCAGUUCAUCAGGACUCUUCCUUCAGCCAAACAGAACUUGCAGACGGCUGAAGACUUGAUCUACAAGCCGGUGAGCAAGCGAGUAUCCAGCCGCGACGUGCCGGCGCUGGAGCAUCGUCUGCAGCAGUCGGUGGCGCGGCACAACGCCAGCGUGGCCGACCUCCUCGCCGCCACCGCCGACGCUGAUAAUCCAGACUACGAAAGAGCUGAUGCAGCAAUCAGGAGCAUCACCGAGACGAUGCCUGAGAUGGUAGAAGACGCCAGAGCACUAAGUGCCACUGGAGAUGAAACAAGCAGGAAAGCUCUGUUGGAUCGUAUUAAGGCGCUUUGUGAGGCUACUAAAGCUUUGUGCGGAAGUGUUGAAGACUCUAAGGAGUUCAAGGAGUCCGCUGCCAGGUUGUCGGAAGCUUCACAAAAACUGAAGUUCGUGUUCAGCUCCAACAAGAAUCCCAGGAACCAACAGAAAGAGCAAGAGAUUAUGGACCUGACAUCAUCAGCAUGCGGUGCAGCAUCACAGCUUUUGAGCAAGGUGCAGCAGAUGUCGGUGGAAGUAGGAGGAGAUGCAGGAGAGCGGCUGGACGGGGCGGGAACUAGAGUCGCUGAGACGACUAAGAACAUGCUGACCACUGCACAGUUGACAGCUCCAUCAAUCUCGGAUGCUCGUUGUCAGUCAGCACUACUGUCAUCAGUGGACGCCGUGUCGGGAUCGAGUCAGCAGUUGCAGAACUGCUGGAGACAACUCCAACACCCUCACGUGGUGCUAUUGGACCACGACCAUAAGUUGCUCGAAGACAAGCUAGAUCACAUCAGGAAAGCCUGUCAAGAAGAUCCUAAAGGGCCCAAUGAGCAGCAGCGCCUGCAGUUCAUCAGGACACUUCCUUCAGCCAAACAGAACUUGCAGACGGCUGAAGACUUGAUCUACAAGCCGGUGAGCAAGCGAGUGUCCAGCCGCGACGUGCCGGCGCUGGAGCAUCGUCUGCAGCAGUCGGUGGCGCGGCACAAUGCCAGCGUGGCCGACCUCCUCGCCGCCACCGCCGACGCUGAUAAUCCAGACUACGAAAGAGCUGAUGCAGCAAUCAGGAGCAUCACCGAGACGAUGCCUGAGAUGGUAGAAGACGCUAAAGCACUAAGUGCAACUGGAGAUGAAACGAGCAAGAAAGCUCUGUUGGAUCGUAUUAAGGCGCUUUGUGAGGCUACUAAAGCGUUGUGCGGAAAUGUUGAAGAUCCUAAGGAUUUCAAGGAGUCCGCUGCCAGGUUGUCUGAUGCUUCACAGAAACUGAAGUUCGUGUUCAGCUCCAACAAGAAUCCCAGGAACCAACAGAAAGAGCAAGAGAUUAUGGACCUGACAUCAUCAGCAUGCGGUGCAGCAUCACAGCUUUUGAGCAAAGUGCAGCAGAUGUCGGUGGAAGUAGGAGGAGAUGCAGGAGAGCGGCUGGACGGGGCGGGAACUAGAGUCGCUGAGACGACUAAGAACAUGCUGACUACUGCACAGUUGACAGCACCAUCAAUCUCGGAUGCUCGUUGUCAGUCAGCACUACUGUCAUCAGUGGACGCCGUGUCGGGAUCGAGCCAACAGCUGCAGAACUGCUGGAGACAACUCCAACACCCUCACGUGGUGCUAUUGGACCACGACCAUAAGUUGCUCGAAGACAAGCUAGAUCACAUCAGGAAAGCCUGUCAAGAAGAUCCUAAAGGGUCCAGUGAGCAGCACCGCCUGCAGUUCAUCAGGACACUUCCUUUAGCCAAACAGAACUUGCAGACGGCUGAAGACUUGAUCUACAAGCCGGUGAGCAAGCGAGUGUCCAGCCGCGACGUGCCGGCGCUGGAGCAUCGUCUGCAGCAGUCGGUGGCGCGGCACAAUGCCAGCGUGGCUGACCUCCUCUCCGCCACCGCCGACGGUGAUAAUCCAGACUACGAAAGAGCUGAUGCAGCAAUCAGGAGUAUCACCGAGAUGAUGCCUGAGAUGGUAGAAGACGCCAGAGCACUAAGUGCAACUGGAGAUGAAACAAGCAGGAAAGCUCUGUUGGAUCGUAUUAAGGCGCUUUGUGAGGCUACUAAAGCUUUGUGCGGAAGUGUUGAAGACCCUAAGGAGUUCAAGGAGGCCGCUGCCAGGUUGUCGGAAGCUUCACAGAAACUGAAGUUCGUGUUCAGCUCCAACAAUAAUCCCAGGAACCAACAGAAAGAGCAAGAGAUUAUGGACCUGACAUCAUCAGCAUGCGGUGCAGCAUCACAGCUUUUGAGCAAGGUGCAGCAAAUGUCGGUGGAAGUAGGAGGAGAUGCAGGAGAGCGGCUGGACGGGGCGGCAACUAGAGUCGCUGAGACGACUAAAAACAUGCUGACCACUGCACAGUUGACAGCUCCAUCAAUCUCGGAUGCUCGUUGUCAGUCAGCACUACUGUCAUCAGUGGAUGCCGUGUCGGGAUCGAGCCAGCAGCUGCAGAACUGCUGGAGACAACUCCAACAUCCUGAUGUUGUACAGCUGAAUCAGGACUGUAAGCAGCUCGAAGACCAUCUCGAACACAUUAGGAGAGCUUGCAGAAUUCCUAUUGAUGAUACGACUACAGAAAAACAGCUUCCAUCUCGACGAGAGCAACAACGUCUGAAAUUCAUCAGGACUUUACCUUCGGCCAGGCACAAUCUACAAGCUGCCGAAAAUCUUCUUAAUGAGCCGGUGAACAAGCGAGUGUCCAGCCGCGACGUGCCCUCGUUGGAGUAUCGUCUGCAGCAGUCAGUCGCACGCCACAACGCCAACGUUGCCAAUCUCCUCGCCGCCACCGCCGAUGCUGAGAAUCCAGAUUACGAAAGAGCUAACGAAGCGAUCAAGAACAUUACGGAGACGAUGCCUAUGAUUGUGGAAGAUGCAAAGGCACUAAGUUGUACUCAAGAUGGGGAAAGUAGAAAAGCCCUAUUAGAACGAAUUAAAGCUCUUUGUGAAGCUACCAAGUCUUUAUGUGGUUAUGCUGAAGAUCCGAUGGAAUUGAAGGAGUCUACAUCCAAGUUAUCUGAUGCUUCACAGAAACUCAAGUUUGUGUUUAGCUCCAACAGAGAUCCCACUAGUCUACAGAAAGAGAAAAAGAUCAUAGAUCUAGCAUCAUCAGCAUGCGGCACAGCUUCUCAGAUGUUAAGUAAGGUGCAGCAGAUAUCGGACGAGAUAGGAGGAGAUGCGGGAAUGACGCUAGACGUGGCUGGAACUAGAGUAGUCGAUUCUACAAAGAAUAUGCUGACCACUGCACAGUUAACUGCACCAUCCAUUGAAGAGCCGACGUGUCGGUCAGCCUUACUCGCGGCGGUCGAUGGGGUCUCCAACUCGAGCCAGGAGUUGCAAGAUUGCUGGAAACAACUUCGUCAUCCCCAAAUAGGGGUAUUGGAUUACGAACACAAACUCUUGGAAGAUGAACUGGAACAAAUCCGGGUCGCUUGCCAAGAUGCCGACCUGCAAGGGCCUACUAAAAUACCCAUAACGGAAAAGCCGAAGGUACUCCAGAAACCAUCUUCAAUCAAACCUGGUAUUGCGACUAAACCAAGUUUGAAAGCUAACCCGCUUACUGGCCCAGUUGUGAAGACCGGCGACGGAAGUGUUGACAAACUUCGGGAAAAUCAGUUGAACUCUCCGAUGGCAACGUCACACGUACAGUCAUCGAGCGUGAAUGCAGACCAAGAGAAACUUCUCGAAAGGCUCAAAACGACUGUAGAUGAAGCGAAUAAAAAAAUACGAAAAGUGGAAGAUGAAAUAAAACAGGCAAACGAGUUUGGCGAGGUCAAGCCUUUAUUGAAUAUUAGCUCAAGUGAACUCUCCAAUAAGAAAAAGAAAAUGCAGGACAACUUAGCGUUAGCGAGUGUUCAAGUGGCGUCUUUGGUGGCUGUAAAUUAUGCUGAUAAAAUAGAUUAUGAGACGGCACAGAAAUCCAUAAAAUCAUUACCGCAACUGACAUCUGAUAUCGUACACGAUGGAAUACUAACCAGCAAAACGUUGAAGACUGACGCAAGAAAAGCAUUUCUAGAUGACAUGCUGAAUUAUUGCGAAGCUACGAAGCAACUUUGUGAUACCGCCAAAAAUGAUAGAGGGAAAAUCAAUGAAGCUGCCAUCGAUUUUGGUGAUAAGUCCACCAAAUUGCUGUACAGUAUCAGCUGUGAUGCUGACCCGGCUUUAGAAAAGGAGAUAAUAAGCCGCGCCAAGCAAAUAGGCGACAGCGCGUCCCGUCUAGCCAUGGCUGCCGCGCACUUCGCUCAGGACUGGAGUGACGGUGGCGUCAAUCUGCAGAACAUAUGCGACGGCGGAGCCAAUUGCGUGGAUGCAGUCGGGAAACUAGUCUACACUUCUAAACUCGUAUCUCCAACAAUCAACAAUAAGUACAGCCAAGAAGCCCUGAUUACUUCCGCUGAUGUGGUUUCCGAACACCUCAAGACGUUCUCUAGCGUCUGGAAGCCACUAUCCAGCGACCCUCGUCAGGCCAAAGACGUCUACAAACUGAACGAGGAGGCCCAAAAUCUAGAAAAACUUCUGGAAGACUUAAGGGGAGAUGUGAAAGAUGGAAAGAUAGCAAAAGCCCGGGAAGAAGAAAAGCUGGUCAUAGAAAGCUCUCCACUCAGACAACUGAGCUGUGAAAUCUUGAGUGGAGCUUUGAAAUCAUCCGAAUGUAUGGAGCUACCUGUAUCAAUGAGGCAGAAAUAUAAGGACUACGCUUACAACCUCAAAAAUGCGUUGAAGGACUUAGAUUUAGCCAACGACAGAUAUCGCAGAGCACCUUAUGACACCGAUCGUGCUAUCGAUUUGGAAAGCGCCAUCGAAAAUUUGAAGAUCUCACUGCUGCAAACUAGACCUAAAGUAAACGAUGCGGAGAGUAGCAACGUAGUGGAUAUAAGGGAUUUCUUACAAGAUCUAACCAUUGAGGCGGACAAGUUAACUGAAAGAGCAUCGGAAAUUCACUCCGAGUGUGACCACGAUAAUAUAGAAAAAAUAAAAGAAAAUUGUCACGAGAUAUCGUCGAAAGCGUUCGAGCUGAUGCACGAAGGAAACCAGGACGGAGAAGUCUUAGAGCAGUUCGGAGAAGAAUGCAAUGACCGUAUCAAAACAUUACGAUCAGUUCUGGAGAAAUGCCAAGACCAGAAGACGAAGGAGCUUGAGCAUCGACUUGAAGCUUUGGAGGAAAGUUGCAAGUUAUACUGGUUCGCAGCCAAGUGCAAUUUGUCCACUGCCCGAAGCGCAGCCUUAGAUGCGACAUUGAACGAUCUGAACGAUAUCCAACGACGCGUCAUCAAAACUCUGUUACCUGCUAAUGAAGUCCAGGGCGCCGUCACCUUGCGUAAGCGACCACCGGUGCCUCCGAAGCCGCAGAUGAAAGCCAAGCUGUCGGGUGCUGUAGCCGCAGCAGCGAAACAAGCCGCCAACUCAGAGCAACUGGCUGCGGCCUUUACUGAUUACAUUGCUGAUAUAGCUAGUUCUGACUACGGAAGUAAUGGAGAAAAAAGAGAACUACUCCUAGCCCAUCUAUACAAAUUGGUGGAUCUCAUGAAGAUACUCUCUCUGACCGUCAAUAAAAGAGUUGCGACAUGGCAACCAGUUGAAGAUCCUGAAGUGAGCCGUAUUACCGAACAAAUCCUACGGGAAAUUGAGAAUCCCGAAAGUAAAUUUUCCGCAGCCGAGUCCUCGGCACAGAACCAACUGUUCAGCGCCGACAACGCUUAUCAGAUGUUGUUGCCCAACGACAAAAUAAAGAUCAUUGACGAACAGAAAUUGAACAAGAAACUUCAUCAGUAUUCGUCAAAGCUAAGCGGGACGUGCACCGAUAUUCUCCAGAGUCUGUCCCAGCCAUCAAGUCUGCCGCAAGUCCUGGCUGGUGCUGUUCACAGCGCUGCACAACUAGGGGACGUCGCUCGAGCUCACAGGAACAAGGAUCCCGUGCACAACUCCAGAAUUGAAGACGCAAUACAGGAUUUGUCCUUCGCCACUUAUAAUGUCCUUAAGACCGCCGAGUAUGCUAGUCGGGAUCUCGAUCAUCCAGUAAGCAGAAGACGACUUCUGGAUGCCUUACGCCAACUGAACGAAAGCAUCAAUACGCUGGUUCGAUGCUGUUCACCCGGACCAAGCAGUGAGAUGACUCGAAUGAAAAGGCAUCUACAACUGCAGACAUCUACCAGCCAGUUCCAGCACCCAACAUGCGGAUUGCCGUAUCUACACUGCGUUGAUGCUUUGAACAAUCAGAAGGAUGUUUUAUCGAAAUUGAAAAACGAGGAAGCUAUGCCGCGUGAGGAACUUAUCAAGGACCUUGGCUACAUCACCUCGGCCGUGUGCAACAGUUCCGAAUACUUCCAACAAUGCGCUUACUUGAUGUCGAUAUCAGAACAGGAUUUGAGUGCAGCGAAGGAAGGAUUGGUCGAUAUACGAAAGAUUCAGAAGUCCAUCGGGUCUGUCCGCGACUCUUGCAUACGCCUCAUUAGAACCGAACAUAUUGAUGAUAUCAAAGAAGAUAUACCGAAGCUGAAGAAUCAAAUGAAAGAUCUUACACAAUCUUUGACUGAAGCCCAGGACAAGAUCAAGGACGAGAAGCUGUCGAAAGAUUUGACUCAAUCAAAGACGGAAGCAGAUUCUAUUUUUGAUGCCAUUUGUCGGGCUUUGGAUAAAAAUGAAGAGACGAAAAUAGCACCUCUCACAAUGGAUCUUAUGAGUGUAUUGAAGAAUACUGAUAAUCUAAUUGAAAAUCCAGCUUUGAUUCCAACACCAAAGACCUUAUCUGUCGACACGAGACAAAGAUGUGAAGAAAUCUACAAUAGCUCAAAGGUUCUUCUCGGUAUCACCCAAGAUCUGGUUGACGAGGUAUCUCGAAGUCCUGAGGAGCCGGAGAUGAUGACCUGGGUCAUGUUUGGCAACUCAAAGAAAGUGCUCAAAGCCUUUGAUGACCUCCUUAAAACUGUACAAAUCAACGGUCAACGCGCUGGUAUAAUUCUAGGGUCCCCUGAAGACACAUCAGAGAUUUCUGAUUCUCCAGUCAAGAGCUUCCUCGAUACGCAAUUGGAGAUUGCCAACAAAUGGCUGAACAAGCCAACGUGUAAGGCUGCUACCAAGUCGGCUGGACAGAAAGCGGCCAAAACGAUCAUCGAUGUUGCUGAAAAGAUGGCAGAAGAUAUGACCCCCGCAGAAAAGUUGGAAUGGAAACAGAUGUUCCACGAAACGGAUGUAUUGCUUAACGACUGCUGCCAAAGAUACGACCAAGAGAAGUACAGUAUAUUCAGUCACCGCCUUAAGGACUUAAAGAAGAUGAUAGAACGCGGUGUCGUUACGAGGGUGGUGGAAGAUUUUAUGGACCAGGAGGAACCUCUCGCAGAUCUAGAUAUAUUAGUCGAUUCUGAAAAAGACGAAAAGAAACGCCAAUAUUUGCUCGAAAAGAAAAUAGCUGAACUCCUGGCUCAACUAGGCAGAGUGACCAGGACUGCGCGGUUCGUGGCGGACACAGGCACCGGGGACCAGGCGCUGACUGACCAACUCAAGCAGUGCAGCAAUCAGACUGAACUGUUGGCUCCAAUGUUGGUGAAGGCAGCCCAAGAGAGAUUGGCCAAACCCAAUGAUCAAGCUAUUAUAGACAACUACAAGUCGAUGUUGGCGCAGUACGCCGAGUCAGUUUCCAAAGUCCGGGACCUUUGUGAUCAGGCCGUGGACCCAAUGGAGUUCGUCCAGACCGCUGGAGAGACUAUGCAGCGUUUGAGAGAAGAAUCGGCUCUAACCAAUGACACAUUGAAGGGCGCCCAAACAUCAUAUGUCAUUUCAAAGUUGGGCGGGCGCGUUAUAUCGGUGAGCAUGAAGUCUAACGACGUCCGCGACGACCCGGAGUUGGCGGCGGCGCUACGCGUACUGACGGCCGCCGCCGCCCCCCCGCGCGCCAGCCGCCUUCCGGACUGGAAGGAUGCCACCGCUCAGAUUCUCCGGACGACUGGCGAAGUGGAAUCCAUGCUUGGAGGCGAAGGGAUAUUUAAGAAGCAGCCGGAACCAGAUCAGCCUAUAUACAGCGUGGCGUUGGAUCUCCACACGGCGGUGCGGGGCUGGUCGUCACGCGACAACGAGAUCGUGGGCGUGGCCAAACGUAUGGCCGUGCUGAUGGCGAAGCUGUCCGAGUAUAUGAACACAGAUAAGAAGCGUAAUUUGUUAAUCACGUCUAAGAAGAUUGUCGAGGAGUCUCACGAGGUCGCUUAUCUGGCGAAAAAGCUAGCCGGAGAAUGUACCGACGUCAGAAUUAAGACAAACUUGCUGAACGCAUGCGAGAGAAUCCCAACGAUUAGCGCUCAGUUGAAAAUGCUGACGACUGUGAAAGGAUCCUCGCUAGGACGCCAAGGCACAGAAGAAGACAAAGAAGCUAUGAACAUGUUGGUCGGCAAUGCCCAGAGCCUUAUGUUGAGCAUCCAAGAUGUGGUCAAGGCCGCUGCGAGUGCGUCAGUUAAGAUAAUGUCCCAAACCGGACCGAGGAUCAAAUGGGUUCGCAAAACCUACUAUUAGACCGAGGAGGCACUAGGAAAGUGGUCACGGAGGACUCAAUUUUACUUUUUUGUUAAAGGCUUAAGUGAAACAAAUGAUGUACUAAUAUAUUUUUUUAUUAUUACUA